CAAAGUAAACUUCUCAAUUUGAAUCUGAAUUAGAUAGCGAACACAAUAGCAAAAAAAAAAGUAAAGAAUUUCAUAUCAAGUAUUCCACAUUGUUAGGCUUAGAAUUUAGAAAGUUGGCUAAACGAUAACUCACAAGGAAAAAUUUUCAUGACCAAUCUCUAUCUCACUUUAUCUCAACAACACUUGCAACAGAGUGUAAAAGCAAGAGAGUAUUUGGGACCAACUAGAGAAUGAAAUCAUGAUUUUUAGAAUUACAACAACAACAAGAAGAUGGAGAAUUAAUAUGAAGAAGGUGAAACAACAACAAGAAGUGGUUAAUAUCAAUUUUAUCAUAUAGUUGUAUUCAUUCACAUAUCACACUCACAUGUUCUAGUACUACUUCCAUUCUGUAAAGUUCUAGUUGACUCUCCCUUUGUGGUCCUCCAUUUUCUUGCCUUAUCAAUCAAUCAACUUUUAGCAAUUUUUUUUUUUCAUCAUUUUUGUCCUCUUAUUUAAUUUUCUAACUUUGUUUAAGUAUCAUAGCUAUAUACCAUUUCUUGAUUUUUAGAAUCUUGGUCUUUGGCCUUUUGCAUGUCUUGAGUGACAUUAUUUUUGGUCACUAAGGUUAAAAAAACAAAACAGGAUUUCAUAUUAUAACUAAAUCCCAUUUCUUGAUUUGUAGAAUCUUGGUCUUUUGCAUGUCUUGAGUGGCAUUAUUUUGGUUAUUAAAGUUAAAAACAGUCCAGGAUUUUAUGUUAUAGCUGAACCCCAUUUCUUGAUUUGUAGAGUCUUGGUGAUAUGCAUGUCCUGAAUGGCAUUAUUUUUGGUCAUUAAGGUUAAAAACAAUUCAAGAUUUUUGCUUCUUGAGUUUGGGUUGGGUUAUAUAGUGACAGUUAUGGGCCCUGGAAUCUCAAAACUUGCUUAAUGAUAUCUGUUUCUUGGUCUGCCAUUAGCUCUGCUACAACUUUUGGGCAUUGCCAUACUCAUUGAGUUUCCUAGUUUUCAUCCAUAAAAAAAUUGACAUGACUUUAGUGUAAACUAAACAGAAUGUCAUUCAUGCCCAUUUAUCCUUGGAAAUGGCAAGUUAUAGUAACUUUGUAAUCCAACAGCAUUUGUUUUUGGUGCUGUUGAUUCUUCUUUUCUUUGCUGGUUUUGGUGAAUCUUUAAAUGAAGAGGGGCUUAUUCUUUUGGAGUUCAGAAAAUCCCUUAUUGAUCCUAGUAACAAUCUUCAGAGUUGGAAUUCUUCAGACUUGACUCCUUGCAAAUGGGAUGGUGUAAAGUGUAGCAAGUAUGAUCAGGUGAUUUCUCUAAAUAUCGAUGGUCGUAACUUAUCUGGUAGUUUAUCUUCAAGAAUUUGUGAACUUCCUUACUUGACAGUAUUGAAUGUGUCAUCAAAUUUCAUUUCUGGUCAAAUUCCUGACAAUUUUGCAUCGUGUAAAAGUUUGGAGAAAUUGAACCUUUGUACCAACAGGUUCCAUGGGGAGUUUCCGGUCCAAUUAUGCAAUGUUACCUCACUUAGACAGCUUUAUUUAUGUGAGAAUUACAUUUAUGGUGAAAUCCCUCAGGACAUUGGAAACUUGUCAUAUCUUGAGGAGCUUGUUAUUUAUAGUAACAAUCUCACUGGAAGUAUACCUGUUUCAAUAGGUAAAUUGAAAAGGCUUAGAAUCAUCAGGGCCGGGCGAAAUUAUUUGUCUGGUCCUAUUCCUGCUGAAAUUAGUGAAUGUGAAAGUUUACAAGUUCUCGGUGUAGCAGAAAACAAGCUAGAAGGGGCUUUCCCAAUAGAGCUUCAAAGACUUGAGAACCUCACAAACUUAAUUCUUUGGGCUAACUUUUUCUCUGGUGCAAUCCCCCCUGAGGUUGGAAACUUUACUAAGUUGGAAUUACUUGCUUUGCAUGAGAAUUCAUUUAGUGGAACAGUUCCUAAAGAGAUUGGAAAUCUAAUCAAUUUGAGAAGGUUGUACAUUUACACUAAUCAGUUGAAUGGAACAAUUCCAUGGCAACUGGGAAAUUGUUUGAGUGCAGUUGAGAUCGAUUUAUCUGAAAAUCAGUUGGUUGGGUACAUUCCGAAAAGUUUGGGACAACUUUCUAACCUCCGGUUGCUUCAUCUAUUCGAAAACAGACUUCAUGGGAAGAUUCCAAAGGAGCUUGGAGAGUUGAAGCUGCUUAAGAAUUUGGACUUGUCUAUAAACAAUUUGACAGGUAGAAUUCCAUCGAACUUUCAGAAUCUUGCAUUCUUGGAGAAUCUACAACUUUUUGACAAUCACCUCGAAGGUCCUAUUCCGCGAUUUAUUGGCCUGAAAAGCAACCUUUCUAUAGUAGAUCUUUCCAAGAAUAAUCUUGAAGGAAGAAUACCUUCAAACCUUUGUCAGUUUCAGAAGUUGACGUUCCUGAGUCUCGGGUCUAACAAGUUGUGGGGCAAUAUCCCUUAUGGCCUAAAGACUUGCAAGUCCCUCGAGCAGCUAAUGCUAGGAGAUAACCUGCUGACAGGGAGCUUCUCUGUUGAUCUUUGCAAGCUGCAGAACCUUUCAGCUCUUGAGCUUUUCCACAACAGAUUUUCUGGAUUGCUACCACCAGAGGUAGGAAACCUUAGGAGAUUAGAGAGGUUGCUCGUGUCACGUAAUUACUUUUUCGGGCAAAUUCCUCCUGAUAUUGGAAAACUGGUGAAUCUUGUUGCUUUUAAUAUUUCAUCCAACCGGCUCUCAGGUUAUAUUCCUCAUGAAUUAGGGAAUUGUGUAAGGCUCCAGAGGCUUGAUCUUAGCAACAACUUUUUCACUGGAAAUCUUCCCAAUGAACUUGGUAGGUUAGUGAACCUGGAACUGCUUAAGCUAUCUGAUAGUAAGUUUUUUGGACUGAUACCUGGUGAGUUAGGUGGACUAGUACGACUAACGGAAUUGGAUAUGGGAGGAAACUUCUUCUCUGGUAGUAUUCCUAUUGAGCUUGGCCACCUUGGAACUCUUCAGAUUUCUCUCAAUCUGAGUCAUAAUGCUCUCAAUGGAUCGAUUCCUAGCAACCUCGGGAACUUGCAGAUGCUUGAAACAUUGUACUUAAAUGACAACCAGCUUAUUGGUGAGAUUCCCCCGUCAAUUGGCCAGUUGAUGAGCCUGAUAGAAUGCAAUCUUUCUAACAAUAACCUUGUGGGAUCAGUACCAAACACGCCUGCAUUUAGAAGGAUGGAUUCAAGCAACUUUGCUGGAAAUGUUGGGCUAUGCACGCCCAAUUCCAGCCAUUGUGAUCCUUCUCCAGCCCCUUCAAUUGAUUCACAUUCAAGCUGGUUAAAACAUGGUUCUUCUAGGCAAAAGAUAGUUACUGCUGUUUCUGCUACUGUCGGGGUGAUCUCUUUGGUGUUGAUUGCAGUUAUAUGUAGGAUCAUUAGAGGCCACAAGACAGCUUGUAGUUCACUGGAAAACCAAGUAAAGCCUGACGUCUUGAAUGAUCAUAACUUUCCACGAAAAGGGUUCACGUAUCAGGACCUUGUUGAUGCUACUGGGAAUUUCUCAGACAGCACUAUCAUAGGAAGGGGAGCCUGUGGCACUGUCUACAAAGCUAAAAUGGCUGACGGUGAAUAUGUUGCAGUUAAAAAGUUGAAGCCACAAGGAGAAACCACGAGUGUUGAUAGCAGCUUCCAUGCUGAAUUAUCCACACUUGGUAAGAUAAAUCACAGAAACAUUGUCAAGCUGUAUGGUUUCUGCUACCAUCAAGAUUGCAAUCUUCUCUUAUAUGAGUACAUGGUAAACGGAAGCCUGGGGGAAGUACUUCAUGGCAAUAAGACAACUAGUUUACUAAAUUGGAAUAGCAGGUACAAAAUUGCAUUAGGAGCUGCUGAGGGACUAUGCUAUUUGCACCAUGACUGUAAGCCACAUAUCAUUCACAGGGAUAUAAAAUCGAACAACAUUUUGUUGGACGAAUUGUUGGAGGCACAUGUUGGAGACUUUGGUUUGGCAAAACUAAUCGACUUCCCAUACUCUAAAUCCAUGUCCGCAGUUGCUGGUUCAUACGGCUACAUUGCCCCUGAAUACGCAUACACAAUGAAAGUGACGGAGAAAUGUGACAUCUAUAGCUUUGGGGUUGUUUUGUUGGAACUGAUUACUGGUAGGUCUCCGGUUCAACCCCUCGAUCAGGGAGGCGAUUUGGUGACUUGGGUGAGAAGAUCAAUUCAUGAAGGAGUGGCACUAAAUGAGCUUUUUGACAAAAGGCUGGAUUUUAGUAUAGAAAGGACAAGUGAAGAGAUGUCUCUAGUUCUCAAGAUUGCUAUGUUCUGCACCAAUACAUCUCCUGGCAAUAGGCCUACUAUGCGAGAAGUCAUCGCCAUGCUGAUUGAAGCCCGGGAAUCUGUGAGCACUUCACCACCAUCGCCAUCAUCCGAAACCCCACUGAGCGAAGCUGAUGCUAAUAAAGGUUCUAAUUAAGGAAUCAUAGACCAAAAAGAAACUUGAACUUGCAGAAGUUGUGCCGCUCUGCAGCUUGCUGCCAAAUUCUAAUAGAUUUAGAAGCAUCUCAUUAUUCAUGUACACACAACUACCUUGAUAGUUGAUACCAUACUUCCCCUCUAAUAAUUAUUAGUUGGCAUUUCUUAUCUAUUUCUCUUUUAAAUUCUAUCUACUUCUAUAUAUAAUCUGUCUGCAUAUUAACUGCCUAAUUAUAUGCAGUUCUUGACUUACUAAUCAUUUGGUUAUUUGUGAAAUCUCUUACUAUGGUCA